AUGGCCGCAUCAGCGGCCGUAGCGCAAGCAGCCUCCAGUCAAUCUCUUUCAAGUCUAUGCAGUGUAUCAUACCUGCAAUCGACCCUACCUUCAGCCACAUCCUUCAUUCAAGGAAUCACGCUGGAUCCCGCUUCGAUCACAGCCAACCUAGUCAGCAACUCGUCCAUUGCCUCUAGCAACAUGUACCCAGCCGCCGUCAUCGACUAUUGCAAUGUCACACUAGCAUACUCACACAAUGGCCGAGAUGACCAAGUCCUCGUUGAAUACUGGUUCCCUUCCCCUGAGAAGUUCAAAAACCGGUACUUGUCCACCGGGGGCGGUGGCUACGCUAUCAACUCUGGUACUCAAUCCCUGCCAGGAGGUGUCAUGUACGGCGCUGUAUCCGGUCUCACGGAUGGUGGAUUCGGAGGCUUCGAUGUUCAAGCUGAUGCUGCAAUGCUGUUGGCAAAUGGUACCCUCGACUACGAGACUCUGUACAUGUUUGCGUACAAGGCUCACUGGGAACUGAGCAAGAUUGGAAAACAGUGGACAAAGAACUUCUACGGUCUGAACAACACGAAGCUGUAUUCAUACUACCAGGGCUGUUCAGAGGGAGGCCGUGAGGGCUGGAGCCAAGUUCAGCGAUUUGGUGAUGAGUGGGAUGGUGCGAUUAUGGGUGCGCCGGCUUUUCGAUGGUCAUUCCAGCAGACGCAGCAUCUGUUCUCGAAUGUUGUGACUCAGACAUUGGGCUAUUACCCCUCUGCAUGUGAGCUAGAGAAGGUCAACAAUGCGACCAUUACUGCCUGUGAUCCUCUUGAUGGCAAGACUGACGGCGUGGUCUCCCGCACUGAUCUCUGCGCUCUUCAUUUCGACCUUUCCUCGGUGAUUGGGGAGCCAUACUCUUGUGCGGCUAGUUUUGGCUCUCCAGCGGCAAAUGGCACAGUAACCGCUAAAGCAGUUGAAGUCGCUUCAACGAUCCUUGAGGGUCUUAAGGACUCCAAGGGUCGCCAGGUUUAUUUAUCCUACCAACGCUCUGCCACAUACUCAGAUGCCACAACCGAGUACAACUCAGCAACCGGGGAAUAUGAAGUGUCAAUUGACCAAUUGGGCGGGAUAUUCAUUGCUCUCCUUUUGGAUUACAAUGGUACCACGCUCGCAAAUCUCGAUGGAGUAACCUACGACACUCUAAAAGGAUGGAUGAUACGGGGUAUGCAGGAAUACCAAUCUACGCUGCAGACCAACUGGCCCGAUCUUACUCCAUUUCAGGAAGCGGGCGGAAAAGUGAUUCAUUUCCACGGUGAAUCCGAUUUCAGCGUCCCUACCGCAUCCUCGGUCCGUUAUUGGGAAUCAGUCCGCAGCAUCAUGUAUCCUGAUCUCUCCUACCUAGAAGGUGCCAACGCACUCAACGACUGGUACCGGCUCUUCCUUGUGCCUGGAGCCGGCCAUUGCGCUCCUGAUCCUAACCAGCCUAAUGGACCUUUCCCGCAGACAAACUUGCAGGUGCUCAUCAAUUGGGUUGAGAAGGGUGUUACACCUACCACUCUGAACGCCACGGUGUUGCAAGGUAGUAAUGAGGGAAAGAAUGAACAAUUGUGUGCUUGGCCUUUGCGACCUCUGUGGGGUAAGACUGGCACGAUGAGUUGUGUUUAUGAUCAGACUUCUCUCGAUACGUGGCAUUAUGACCUUGAUGCUGUCCCAAUGCCAGUGUACUAG